CGGCACCCGCCUCCUCCUCCUCUGCCCUAAGCGACGUUCUCUCAGCCUAGAGGUGGAGCCGCAUUCUCCCUCUGAUUCGUUGGGACGGCUGCCAAUCGGGCCACCGAAGGAGGAGAGGGCGUGGCCAGGCGGAGAUUGCCGGCUCGCCUCGGACGAUUGCAAAGCGAGAGUGGCCGAGUGGCAGUUUUCGUUCCCCUCAGCGCCGCCACCUUCAACCGAAGCAACCUGCGUUUCCUCCUCUCUCUCCCCCACCCCAGUUCACGUAGCCCGGCGGUUAAGCGCACCACAGCGACACCGUGCCGGGUUUUUGCCCUUCCUCUCCGCCGUUGCCUCGGCGUACCAUGGAGGAGGAGCGGGCAGGGGAGCAGAUGAGACCGCUACUCACAACGGGCCAUGAUGAAGAAGCUGUUGUUGACAUGGGUAAAAUUAGCUCUACUAUCAACACAAAUUUUGAGAAAGAAGAACUAGAAAGUCACAGAGCUGUAUAUAUUGGUGUGCAUGUCCCCUUUGGAAAGCAGGGUCGACGGCGUCAUAGGCACCGUGGACAUAAACAUCAUAGACGAAGAAAAGAAAAGGAAACUGAUAGAGAAGAUGGUCGAGAAUCUCCAUCCUAUGACACACCAUCCCAGAGGGUGCAAUUUAUCCUGGGUACUGAGGAUGAUGAUGAAGAACACAUACCCCACGAUUUGUUCACUGAAAUGGAUGAACUUUGCUUUAGAGAGGGAGAGGAGUAUGAAUGGAAGGAGACUGCCAGAUGGUUGAAGUUUGAAGAAGAUGUUGAAGAUGGUGGUGAGCGGUGGAGCAAACCUUAUGUAGCAACCCUGUCUCUCCACAGUCUGUUUGAAUUGAGAAGCUGUAUUUUAAAUGGAACAGUCAUGUUGGAUAUGAGAGCCAAUACACUAGAUGAAAUAGCAGAUAUGGUAUUGGAUAACAUGAUAGCUUCUGGUCAUCUGAAUGAGUCUAUGAGAGAGAAUGUCAGAGAAGCACUUCUGAAGAGGCACCAUCAUCAGAAUGAAAAGAAAUUCAGUAAUCGGAUUCCCCUUGUCCGAUCCUUUGCAGAUAUAGGCAAGAAACAUUCUGACCCUCUCUUGCUUGAAAGAAAUGGGGAAGGCCUUUCAGCCUCCCGCCACUCUUUACGAGCAGGUCUCUCUGCCUCACAUGUUUCCCUGAGAGGAGAGAAUCGUUUGUCCCUUCUUCUCAAUCAUCUUCUUCCUGGAUCUCCAACAGCCUCAAGAAUCACAAGCACUGUACCUACCCCACAAAGUACCCCACCUUCCAGUCCUAAGUGCAGUCACACAGCAAUCACAGAUAUGCAGUCAACUGAACUUCAGAGUGCCGAACUCCUAGUGUCUCCUUCUAGUGAUGAUAUCCCUAAAGUAGUGGUCCAUCCACCUGAGGAGGAUUUAGAAGCUCAGGAAAGUGAGGAGAAGACGACAGAGGAUAAAAAUAACAUAAUAUCAGGCCUUCUUGCAUCACCACAGUCUGCACCUGGCAAUUUAGAUACUGGAAAAAGUGGAGAACCUAAAAGUAGUGGAACAGGAGGAAGCAGAGAAAACAGCACUGUUGACUUCAGCAAGGUAGAUAUGAACUUUAUGAGGAAGAUUCCCAUAGGUGCAGAGGCAUCAAAUGUGUUGGUGGGAGAAGUGGAUUUUUUAGAGAGACCAAUUAUUGCUUUUGUGAGGCUGUCUCCUGCUGUGCUACUCACAGGUCUUACAGAAGUUCCUGUUCCUACACGAUUCCUUUUUCUGUUGCUGGGUCCAGCAGGUAAAGCACCUCAGUAUCAUGAAAUUGGUCGGUCAAUAGCAACUCUUAUGACUGAUGAUGUUUUCCACGAUGUUGCUUAUAAAGCCAAAGACCGAAAUGAUCUGCUGUCUGGUAUAGAUGAAUUUUUAGAUCAAGUGACUGUUCUGCCUCCAGGAGAGUGGGAUCCAACUAUACGAAUUGAGCCACCCAAAAGUGUUCCUUCUCAAGAGAAAAGGAAGAUACCUAAAUUUCCAAACAGAGGUGCUUCUGCUGGAGUGUCUCUUAAAGAGGAAGGUCAUCAUGCUGGACCUGAACUACAGAAGACUGGAAGGCUUUUUGGUGGUUUGAUACUUGACAUCAAAAGGAAAGCACCUUUUUUCUUGAGUGACUUCAAGGAUGCAUUUAAUCUGCAGUGCCUGGCCUCGAUUCUUUUCCUAUACUGUGCCUGUAUGUCUCCUGUAAUCACUUUUGGAGGGCUCCUUGGAGAAGCUACAGAAAACAGAAUAAGUGCAAUAGAAUCUUUAUUUGGAGCAUCAUUAACUGGGAUUGCCUAUUCACUCUUUGCUGGGCAACCUCUCACAAUAUUGGGAAGCACUGGACCUGUACUAGUAUUUGAAAAAAUAUUAUUUAAAUUCUGCAAAGACUAUGGGCUUUCCUAUCUCUCCCUACGAACCAGUAUCGGUCUGUGGACAGCAUUUUUAUGCAUAUUAUUAGUGGCAACUGAUGCUAGCAGCCUUGUGUGUUACAUUACUCGAUUUACUGAGGAGGCUUUUGCUGCUCUCAUUUGCAUAAUAUUUAUAUAUGAAGCACUGGAAAAGCUUUUUCAUUUGGGAGAAACUUAUGAAUUCAAUAUGCACAAUGACCUUGAUAAACUGACACUGUAUUCAUGUGUAUGUGCUGAGCCUCCAAAUCCCAAAAAUGAGACUCUAGCGGCAUGGGUGAAAGCCAACAAAUCUGCUGAUUCUAUACAGUGGUCCAAUCUCACCGUUAAACAAUGUAAUGACUAUCAUGGCAUAUUUGUUGGAUCAGCUUGUGGCCACCAUGGUCCAUAUUAUCCGGAUGUUCUUUUUUGGUCUGUCAUAUUAUUUUUCACAACAUUUUUUCUUUCUUCCUUCCUCAAGCAAUUCAAGACCAAACGCUAUUUUCCCACUAAGGUGCGUGCUACAAUAAGUGACUUUGCUGUAUUUUUGACAAUAGUGAUCAUGGUUCUUAUUGAUUAUCUUGUGGGAGUUCCUUCUCCUAAACUUCAAGUGCCACAAAAAUUUGAACCCACAAGAAGUGAUCGGGGAUGGCUCAUAGAUCCUUUAGGAUCUAAUCCUUGGUGGACACUUGUGAUAGCUGCAGUUCCUGCUUUACUCUGUACUAUUCUUAUUUUUAUGGACCAGCAAAUUACUGCAGUUAUCAUAAACAGGAAGGAACAUAAGCUCAAGAAAGGUUGUGGCUAUCACCUUGAUCUGCUUAUGGUUGGCAUUAUGCUAGGUAUAUGCUCUAUUAUGGGAUUGCCAUGGUUUGUAGCUGCAACUGUACUUUCCAUAAGUCAUGUCAACAGUUUAAAAGUAGAAUCUGAGUGUUCUGCUCCAGGAGAACAGCCGAAGUUUCUGGGUAUACGUGAACAGAGGGUGACAGGAUUAAUGAUCUUUGUUCUGAUGGGACUCUCAGUGUUCAUGACCUCUGUAUUAAAGUUUAUUCCAAUGCCAGUUUUGUAUGGUGUUUUUCUCUACAUGGGAGCAUCCUCACUAAAGGGCAUUCAGUUUUUUGACCGUAUCAAAUUAUUUGGAAUGCCUGCCAAACAUCAGCCCGAUUUGAUCUAUCUGCGCUAUGUGCCACUUUGGAAGGUCCACAUAUUUACAGUAAUUCAGCUCACUUGCCUUGUACUUCUGUGGGCAAUUAAAGCAUCAGCAGCUGCUGUUGUUUUUCCUAUGAUGGUUUUAGCUCUAGUUUUUAUUCGGAAGCUUAUGGAUUUGUGUUUCACCAAGCGGGAGCUCAGUUGGCUUGAUGAUCUUAUGCCAGAAAGUAAGAAGAAGAAGGAAGAUGACAAAAAGAAAAAGGCAAAGGAAGAAGCUGAACGAAUGUUUCAGACAGUGGACAGUGAAACUGUACACCUUCCAUUUGAAAGAGGCGAAGUGUUACAGAUUCCUGUGAAAGCUCUAAAAUACAGUGUUGAUCCUUCUGUUGUAAACAUAUCAGAUGAAAUGGCCAAAACAGCACAGUGGAAGGCUCUUUCCAUGAACACAGAAAAUCCCAAAGUAGCAAGAUCUAACACGAGCUCUGAAAAAGAAGAGUGUGUGACAGUAGAUAUUGAAAAACCAUCUGCAAUGAAGUACAUAGAUGCAGAAACCUCACUAUAGAAGUGAGCAAGGAUAUCAAUCAUUUGAUAGGAUAUACUGUAAAAGAAUAACUUCCAAGCGUCUUUCAAGAACUAGAAUUUGAGUUGUGGAUCUUGUAUGUGCAGCUACAAGACUUUCAGAUGAGAAGGAAGAGGCAAUCACUCUAGAAGAUAUUUAUUUUAAUGGACUGUUUAUUUCAUUUUUAAAUAGGAAAGUUAAAGUUAAUUUUUAGUUAUCAGUAUAUGUCAAAUCAUGGUUAAAUUUAAAUUAUUGGUCUGCAUUUUGUAUACAUUUUUAGUAUGUGGCUCUUUUUUAAUUUAUUGCAAUAUAACUGAGCUGGCAAUUACUGUUUGGGUUUUUGCAAAAGUGUUUUUUCAUGUCAGCGGCCCUGAAACAAAUUUCCAGUGUGCCAUCUCAUUAAUGACUGUGUUUUGGGCCCUGUUUGACUUUAUGUUGCUGUUUUUAUGGAGGAUUUAAUUUACACUUGGGAAUCCGUUCCUUGAGUGAUAAAUUAGUAUAAUAUUAUCAAACUCUAUUUUGUUGUAUCUUUAAAAGAAAAAAAUUCCAGCCUUAUACUGCGUGUUUAAAUUCUUGGUUUUAAUUCCUAAUCCAUCAUAUAAUAACCCAUGUUGAAUAAUCUGUAAUUAGGCUUCCCUCUCCAUUUGAUGUGUUUGUGAAGACAAAUUGUAUUGCCUCUACUGUGAUGAAUAAGACAGUCCACUAAUGCAAGACAGUGGAUUGGCACACAGAUUAAUAGGGUCUGAUUUAAGGUAUCUGUUUUUAAAAUGUUGACAGAAACAUAGGUCUGUUUUUAGUAAAAUUUUCAUACUGAUUUUGAAUCCACUGUGAGUUUACUUUUCUACCUUAUAUUAAAAAAACCAUCAAUAUGGUUUAACUUUUGAGACAAUUCAGACGUGUGGUAGUGUCAAUUGGAGUAGACCUACUGAAUUAAUUCAGUUAAUAAGUGUUAACUCAGUAUUCAGCAGUUAAUUCAGUGAGUCUGUUCGCAAUGGAUCUGGAUUUAUGCCAAAGAAGUUAGAGCUCUUUAAAAGCUAAUAUCUAAUGCCUGAAUCCUUCAUUCUAAAAAACUCAGGAUAUGGAAUUAGAAUCAUUAUUUGUCAGAUACGUUUUUAAGAUCAUGUGCUUCAAUAUGUGCACUUCAGAUUCUUUGCUUCUGAAAAUUCAGAUUCAGUAGAAUAUUUGUAAAUGUACCUUUCUUUAAAAUGGCAUUAUUUUUAAAUAGUGUAAAAUUGAUUUGAAAUAUUUAAAAUGUUUUACCCUGACUGCUAAUAUCUAAAUUAGUGAAUGUAACUGAAUAUCUGCCCAAAUUUUACAUGCAACAGAGUAAAUGUGCAUAAAAAUAAAUUGAUUUGAAAAUAAGGGAAUCUGAAGUUCCGUAGUUCUAUUGUGUAUGGAGAGCUUUUGCAAUAGUAAGGACUGAUACUGGAAUGUGCCAUGACACCAUCUCUCAAUACUGGUGUUAGUGGAGAAAACUUUUGUUUGUGUGGAAACUUUAGACAUGUCUCAGAAAAUCUGUGACAUACUAAGGAAGCCAGUAGAACAGGAGCCACUAGGCCAUUGUGCUUUUUUAAAUAUGUAACAAUUAAAUGUAAGGUCAUAUUUACUUAAAAUACUUUAUUUUCUUGAAUUGUGAAUAUAAUAAUCUUCUGCUGAGAGACAACUCAUUAAAAAUAAAAUACAAGCAUGGUUUGUGUAUCAACCAUGAAAUAUUCAAGGGAAAUAUAUUUCCCUUGAAUAUUUCAGAAGUCCAAGCUUCCCUUCUUGUAAAGCUAUUUUUCAUCUGCUUUCAAUCUCAUAUAAUUUAUAAUUUUGUUGCAGGCCAUGUUUUAACAUAUAAUAAGUAAUAAAAUUAUUGCUUUUCGAUUAACAGGGUAACAUAAAAUAGCAGAGAAUGUGAAUAUCGCCAUUUUUGUCUGUUGCACUAAUCUAAAUUCAGUUGGUUGGAUUCAGACUCAUGUACAGCAAAGUGAUUUUCUUUCUUUGCCCCUACAAAAUUCAGUAGCUACUUCCCACAGUGUUCUAGUAAAUUAAUCUGCUCUCCAUAUUAAUGUGGAAGUUGGCAGUUGACUUCAUCCAGUAGCAAAGCUUCAUUGGAUCCAGGUUUCCUCCAUUAAUUGGGGGGGCAAGGCAAGGACAUAUAUCAGUCAUUCAUGAAAGAUUACAUAUGUAUUUAGCCCACUGCAUUAUCUUGGGAGAGUGUCAGUGUUCUCUAUUUAUGAACAUACUGUAAAUUGUUAUAUGGCCAUAAUUUGUAAAGCAUUAAAUGAUAAAUAAGCAUUUUAAAAGCUAAAUGUUUAAAAUGCAAACUAAAAAUGGAUGAUAGUUUCAAAAGGAGAUUGCUUUAUUAUCGUAAUUUAUUGAUGUUGUUGAAUAAAAUGACAGGUCACCAAUGUGUAUUUAAAUUAAUUAAAAUGUUAUUUCAUUCAUAGCCCCUGUUGAUUUCGAUAGCAGUGUUAUAUCCCAUUAAAGGAUAUAACAAAUACACACAAAUGUUCUCAUCUUUGGAGGAAAAAAAGUCGACAGGCCCGCCACCCGCGCGCCACUUUCAGAGGUGCAUUUUCACUGCUGAAAAAGCCCCCGGAGGCUUCCG